AUGACAUCCUUAUUCUGCUUCACGUGCAACAAUGCUGGCACGGUGAUUGCCAUGAUUGUCGUGCUCGUCCUCAUUCCCUUGAUUGUCCUGACAGGCAUGGGAACGUAUGGAAGCGGGGCUCGCGGUGGAGCAGGCGCGGAGAUGUACCAGAGCGAGGUCAACAACACCAUGUUCGUGCACUACGUGCGCACCAUCGUGCAGCCCAUGAUGCUGUCGCUCAAGAAGGUCGUCGAUCCCAAGAUCAAGCUGGAGCUGAAGGUCGGUCGGAACAACUCUCGAGAGAAGGGCAUUGUGGAGGAAUCGAAGAAGCUUAAAGCGACGUCGCUCGUUAUUGGAACCAACGCCAGAGGCAUGUUCAGCAUGCGCGGCAAGUCCUCGAGCACGGGCGCGUACUGCGUGCGCUACAAGCCGCCGGGCAUAUCGGUGUACGUGAUUCAGCGCGACAAGGUGAUUCUGUACAAGGAGUCGGAGGGGUCGCCCGUCUCCUCCUCCACCGACAGCCCCGCGGGCUCCGGCCCCAUGAUGCCGCGCCCCGCCCCGCCGGGGGGAACGGGCUCGGGAACGCUCGAACCCACCUACAGCGGGGCGUUCAGCGAGCAGGGCGGGGAGUAUGACAACGGCUAUCCGCCCAGAGGCUACACCCCCUACGGCGGCGGCGGCGGGAGCGGGGAGCAGCAGGCGCAGAUGUAUGGGCAAUACCCACAGCAGCAUCAAUACGCGCAGCAACAGCAGCAGCAGUACCCUAUGCGCGGAUCUGGCGGGCAGCAGCCUGGCGGGUGGGGGGGCGGAGGCGGGGGCUACGGGGACAUGGGCAUGCAGGGGCAGGCGGGCAUGCGCGGAGCGGGGGGGUAUGCGCCAGGGGGCAGGAGAGGGUACGGAAGCAACGAGACUAGCCCGUCGGGAUCAGGCACUCUCCAGCCCGUUUACGGCAACCCUGCGCCCGGCAGCGGGGGAAGCGGCGGGCUUGCUCCCACUGGCACCCGCUUCUCCAUGGACGGCGGGGCGGACGGGCAGUGGGGGGUCGGAGCAGGCGGGGGCGGGGGCGGAGGCUCCGGGGGCGCCGCGCAGAAGGGCCCGGGCGGGCCGAAUGACAUCCAGCAGGCAGCGGCGCUGUCGGCGCUGGCGUGGUCGCAGGCGGCGAACAGCCAGGAGGGGCAGCGGCUGCAGUCGGAUUACAUGGCGGAGUUUGACGCGUGGAAGCAGUCGAACCAGGCGGCCACGUACCAGCAGCAGCAGGACUUCAUGUCUGACCUCCAGGCGCGCAUGGCCAAGGCGCGCGCGGCGCUCGCGGGGCUGCAGCUCGGGGGGGACGGGGGGAGCGGAACGGGGUCGCCAGCGGGGGCGGGGGGAGGGGCGGGGGCUGGGUCCGGGGAGAUGCAGGCGCGGCCGAUGUACCCUGCUCCUGUCCCCGCGCCCAUCCCGGACGGACCUGCGGCUGGCGGCAGCGGCGGGCAGAGCGCGAAUGAGGUCAGACGCUUUUCCUUUCCGUGGGAAAUGAUCGACCUGCGGAGGGAGCUGGAGCUGAUGCGGCAGCGGGCAGCAGAGGCGGAGCAGGCGCGCCUGGAGGCGGAGCAGCGCGCCCAGCGCGCCCUAUCUGAGGCUGACCGCUCCCUCCGCGAGGUGGAGGCGCAGAACAAGCGCCGGGAGCUCGAAACCGCCGUGCGCAUCGAAAUGGCGUCCCAGGAGGCGUCUCGGGCGCUUGCUGCGGCGGAGGAGGCGCGGAAGCAGGCUGGGCUUGAGGCGCAAAAGACGGAAGUGGCGAUGAAACAGGCGGCGAUGACCCGGGCGGCGCUGGAGAUGGAGGCGCAGAAGCGGGCGGCAGUGGAGCUGAAGGCGAAGGGGGAGAGGGGCAGCGCACGCAUGGCGGCGAAUUACAGGGAAUACACCUACGAGGAUAUUGUGAUGGCAACGGAGAACUUCAAGCCGGAGCGCAAGCUGGGCGAGGGCGGGUUUGGCACGGUGUUUUCAGGCACGCUGCACCACACGCCCGUUGCUGUCAAGGUGCUCAAGAACGCGGACGCCAUGCAGGCCGCCAACGAAUUCCAACAGGAGGUGGAGGUGCUGAGUCAGAUUCAGCACCCGCACGUGGUGAUGCUGCUGGGCUGCUGCCCCAGCAAGUACUGCCUCGUCUACGAGUUCAUGGCCAACGGCUCCCUCGAGGACCGCCUGCUCUGCGCCAACAACACGCCCCCUCUCCCCUGGUACAUCCGCAUGCGCGUCGCUGCCGAAAUCGCCUCCGCGCUCCUCAUCCUCCACACGCGCCCCGUGCCCAUCGUCCACCGGGACUUAAAGCCCGGGAAUAUCCUCUUGGAUAAGAACUUCGUGGCGAAGCUAGGGGACGUUGGGCUGGCAAAGCUCAUGCCUGGACUAUCCAUGGAUCAGACAUACAUGCGGGAGUCGGUCCCUGUGGGUACAUUCGCAUACGUCGACCCGGAGUUUCAGCGAACGGGAGAGUUCGGGCCGAAAUCUGAUGUCUACGCGCUGGGGAUCGUGCUUCUGGAUUUGCUCACUGGCCGGAAACCCAACGUGUAUGAAGGGUUAGAAGAGGCCGUAGACGACGGGGACGAGAACGAAUUGAAGGAGUUUUUAGAUGAGAAGGCGGGGGACUGGCCACUGGAUAUGGUGAUGGAGGUGGCGCGGAUUGCAGUGAAGUGUUCGGAAAUGAGGAGAAAGAAGCGCCCGGAUUUGGAGAAGCAGGUCAUGCCGGUGCUGGACCGAGCCAGGGCGCGCGCUGCCAAGGCUGAGGAGGAGGCUCGGAAGGCCCCGAGCCGGCGGCCGAUGGGGGAGGCUCCGAGUGUGCUGUUCUGCCCCAUCACUCAGGAGAUGAUGGUGAACCCUGUACUGGCAGCAGACGGGCACACGUACGAGCAGGAGGCAAUCAAGUCGUGGCUGGAGACGAGUGACAUGUCACCAAUGACCAAUCAGAAGCUGCCAAGCAAGGACCUUGUGCCUAACCACGCUGUGCGCUCCAUGAUCCAAGACUGGCGCCAGCGCAACGGCUAA